UGAUUGACCUUGAGGUUUAAAGAAAGCGCGGUUGUAACUUUGGUUUACAGGUGAGGUCUCCCACUUUCUCGGCAAAAGCGCAGAUAAGUAUUUAGAGUAGAUAUGCAAGUGGUUUUACUUUUCUGUUUUUUUCUUUUGAUGCAUAAUUUGGCACAAGCUGUUUCAUUUAUUUUAAUUAGGUAAAUUUACUCCUGUGACCUGAGCUACACGCCCAAGCUUGUUAUAAUUCUGAAUUAAAUCUCAUUAAUUCUGAAAUAAUUCUAGCAUCCUAUACUUCUGACGUGUGUAUAACAUGGAGGACUUGCAUACAAGAAUUCUUGAUGACUAUCGUGCGAAUGCUUGUGACGUUAUCCAAUUUAAAUUAGUGGAUAACAGAGAAGCUAUAAAUUCUGUACAAGGCUUUAAUCCCGAGUUCACUCACCAGAUAUUUGGUGAGAGUGAGCAGAUAUUCGGAUACCGAAAUCUCAAGAUUGAUAUUUAUUACACACCAGGUUUUUUAUCUACAUAUAUCGAUAUUUCUUAUUCGUCAAAAGUUAAUCCUGAACUUUCUAAAGGCAUUAUGCCUGAUGAUAUUAUGCACCUGUUAUCUAGUGUGUACACUUAUGAUGUCAGUAAGAAUCUUACUGAUUUCACCAAGAAAAUUGACGAAGAGUCGCAGUUCACAUCAUAUGGGACCCAUAGACACAGUUAUGAAAUUGCUAAAGGCAAAUGUCCAAAGAAGUUUUCUAUAUUUUUCAUCGAACAUGGUAUGCCUGGUUUUGGAGAAUUUCUCGAGUAUCACAAACGAAUGGAAUCCUUCAUUCUGUUUUUCAUAGACGGCGCAUCCGCUAUACCUACUGAUGAUAUUCAAUGGUGUUAUUAUAUGAUUUACGAAAAUGUCGACCAGAAGGCCGACGGCAAAUCGAAAUAUACUUUUAUUGGUUAUAUGACUAUUUACAAAUUUUAUGCUUAUCCAAGAAAUCUUCGUCCACGAGUUAGCCAAGUUCUGAUUCUCCCACCUUUUCGAAACAAUGGCCAUGCCACACAACUUUUAGAAACAUUCUACCGCGAUUUCGUGCCAAUGUGGGAUGUUAUAGAUAUUGCAGUUGAAGAUCCAUCACCUAACUUCCAAAGUAUAAGAGACUUUUUGGAUUGCAAACGCUGUCUUGAAACUCCGGAAGUAAUACAAACUAUCUCACACCUUAAUAAAAUCAAAAAUGAACAAGGUAAUAAUGAAAAAUCGUCUGCAAUACGCUUCCGAGAAUUGGCAAGAACAAAGCUGAAGUUAAAUCGUUACCAGAGUCGAAGAGUAUAUGAGAUUCUUCGACUGUUUUUGUUACCUCGCUCACCAGAAUGUGUAAAAUCCUUUUCUGAUGCACUAGCUAAACGCACUGCAGCUCAUUUCCAGCGAGUUCGACCAAAUGCAAUGUGUGGCUCUUCUCCGGUGGCGAAACCAUGUGGUUCUAAUUGCAAUCCAGUGAAGAAAGCAUGUGAAGAAAUUGCUGAUAAGUAUUUGGAAACCCAAUUGCGAGAAGAAGUUGCCGCCUUAUUGGAAAGUUAUCAGGAGACUGUACUUAAACUAGAUCAAUUCAAUCCUUCAAUAACACAAGAAUCUUGAUCAUUGUCAUACAGAGCAUUCGUCUAUCCAAUUUUUUCAUAUGUACUGUCAUGAAACUUAAAUUUAAUAAAGGUAUAUUUCUCU